UGUUUACACUGGAUACAGGAAGCAACAACAAGGUGCCUUCAUGGAAGAAUCCGAAUGUCCACUCUCGCUGUGGAAUCUUAUCGUGGAGCAUGUCCCCGAGCCAGAGCUCCCAGAAAUCCGGGGUUUGCUUGGAGAUACUUUGAUUGACAUGUACACAGAGAUUUAUUCUGAGGUGACUACGUGGCAGCAGAUUUGGCAGACGGUGCACCAUAAACUGGGUAACAGGCCGAAGAGACCUCGCUCCCCCCUGUCUGACCCCCCUGCCAUCAAGGAGCUGCUGAAAUCUGAGAUCCAACUGCUGCUGGGGACCGUGAGAGAGAGAGCAGCCCUAGAGGGCAGGGAUGGAGAUGCAGACAUAUUCCGGUACAGUCCUAGUGUGGUGAAUUACGCCUUGGGUGUCCAUAACAGUCGUUGUGACAAUGUGAAUAGUAGGCCUACCCCUAGUGGAAUACAAUUCAGCCAGAGCCAACAUGCAGAAAGGUCCUGUUCCCGGAGCUCAGUCAGCUCUACUACCAGCCAAGAUGACAUUGAUGACAUGAAACACAAGCUGAAUGUCAACCACAUAGAGGACGUUGUGGCCCACCUCAAAUCAGUUCUGACCGAAGAAUGUGAGGCGCUGAAAAGCCAAGUGCAGUUUCUGCAGGAGAGUGUGGAACAGGAGCACCAGACACAGCGUGAUGUCACUGAGGCUCCAGAGCCAACUGUAACAGAGCUGAAGGAGGAGAGGAGAGUCAUUCAGAUGGAUCUGAAGAGGCAGAGCCUCAGCCUCACCUACUGUCCCUCCUCCUCCCCUGUGGAAACACGCCUGCAGAGCAGAUCCAGGUCGAUAGGAUGGACAGGUUUGUCUGCGGAUGAGACACAAAGAGACUUGACCCCUGUGGUGGCCCCCAGACCGCAUCCUCCACAUACCAGGCCCAGUCCACCACUAGUAGCACCUCUAAUAAGGAGGACUCCUCCGUUAGACAGGAUGAGAGGCCAGCCAUGCAGCUCACCCAACACCAGAGAAUCCAGCCCUCUCCAACCCUCUGAACAUAAACAUCCAAGGACUCACAGCCAGAGCUCUGAGGCUUCCCACCCCUGCAACAGAGAACCCACCAUCACCACUCAUGACAUGGACAGCUACCUACCACCCCUGGUCCCCUCUGCUAGUACAGUAACCACCCAUGGAUCCUACCUCAACUCUGCCUCAGAACAGAGAAUAAAGGGCAGAACUUGUAGGCGUAGUGGUCAGCCUGUGUCUGUGACUGAGGGAGCUCAAAGACAUGAUGACUCAUGGUCAGACUCAGUGAACAGCUGGCCCUUGUUACCUGGUGGCCACCAUCGUCUUUGCUCCUCCACACAGCCUCCGGAGCAGAUGAGCCCCGUAAGCAUGUUCCACCCUGCUCCCCCCACUGUGCAGAGGCCAGCCAGCAGAGGGCAGAGUGGGGCCAGGCGCCUGUGUCUGCCGCAGCAGGGGGACAGCCUGGUUAGCUCCUCGUGAACUGAACUCUUUACUACAGAAGCAGAGGAUAGUGAGUCUCUGAUACUGUCAUGUAUGUUCUACCGCCAGAAUCUGGUCCUAAAAGGAGACAAGUGUCUCAUCAGAGCUCAAUAAUACUCAUACUUGUAAAAGGGAUGUCGUAAUCUCUUUAAUAUAAAGUAAUCCAAGUCUUCCACAAUGAGCCAAGAGACACAGGGAUGUUAUGUGGUCAUUUUCAAGAGACUGAUAGAAGACCUGAAAGUGAACACAAGACACAAUAUGGUUGGAUGCUUUCGAAAUGAUUCAAUUUUGAUCUACCUAACUUAACCAUGUAUUGCAUGUAUUUUGAAGUAAAUAAAUGUGACUGUAUUUGGAUAAAUAAAUGUUCAUAUGCCUGUAAUACAUGUUUUAUUACUGAUCUGCUUUCUUCCAUCUAACUAAAGCCACAGCCUGUUCAGAAAGAGAAAACACAAAUGGGACAUGAACCACACUUGAGUGAUCUUUAAAAUAGAUUUUAUUUACCAUUUGUAAUGGAACAGUUUACGAUAUACAGCUGACAUGACUAAGACAAUUCAAUGGAUUUUGGCCCUAAAGUUCAAGAGACAUGGUUAGAUAUGAGAAAGUACCAGUACUGUGUUCAUUUCAUUUGUGCUUUAUUCUCCACUAUGAUAGAAUUUA